GUGGAGCGGAUCUCAUCCACCUACACAUACAGAGAAAAGACACUUUCACGUUCCCUCGGGGGAUUUUGAUUCACUCACCACAGGUGACCUGUAACUGGUUGGAGAGAGGGAGGAGAAGAGAACAAAUGGAAAAGGAGCAGAGAGAAAGAGGAUGAGAGAGAAAGAGCAGGACCCAAGAGAGUCCUCAUGCAGAAUGGGAGCCCCUCACCCUGCCGGCUUUUGAUUUGAAAAGAACAAAGGCGACUUUGCCUGAAGAAGGCCAACGGGGCUUUGACAUCACAUCAGUGUUUUGCCCUGCAGUCCGUGCCCUCCCUUUGUCUCAGGAGGAACAGUCAUGGUGGUACUCUGAACACAGAAAUAAGUUCUUUUUAGUCCCUUUUUCUCCUCGCAGCCUUCUGCUAUUGAUGCCUCAUUCAUAACAGUCCAUUGCCAUGGAGAAGACGUACUCGCUAACUGCCCACUAUGAUGAGUUCCAGGAAGUGAAAUACGGUGGUCGCUACAGCAGUGAUAUCCUCAGCAAUGGUAUGACUCUUCACCUGGGGGGCAGUCUGGAUCGUCAUAUGGGGCGUAACCGGGGAGGGACCUGGUCAAACGGUCGAAACAAAGAUCAAAGCAGCACCAGCAGCAGCGGCGGGCUUCCCCGAUGGAGUCGGAGGGAGAUCUGCCUCCUUUCGGCUCUGGUCUUUGCAGCAGGCAUGUGCGUCAUUUUGGGCAGCAUGCUGGCACUCAAAUACAUUUCCCUGGAUGCCCAGCAGGACCCACAGUGCCGACAGGACUGCCAACGCAAACGCUCCCUGCUGCGGGCGGCACGCUUCGUUCAGUCCAAUAUUGACCCAACCAUCCAGCCCUGCCAGGACUUCUACUCCUUCGCCUGUGGCGGCUGGCUGAGGCGCCAUGGCAUCCCUGAGGACAAACUCAGCUAUGGCAUCAUCACUGCCAUAGGGGAGCACAAUGAGGAGAAACUACAGCGCCUCCUGCUGGAGCCAAUACGGAGGCCCGGGCCCAACUCAGCAGAGCGCAAGGUCAAGGAGUUCUACCGAUCGUGCAUCAACAUCCAGGAGAUCGACAAGUUGGGCUCCGACCCCAUGACGGAGGUGAUAGACAGCUGUGGGGGAUGGGACCUGGUAUGGGCUCCUCCCAGUGCUGCUGGGUGGGAGAGGGAGGGUGCUCCACAGAGGCCGGACUUCAACGAGCUGCUGUACAGGACCCAGGGGGUGUACAGCACCGCAGUGUUCUUCUCCCUCACUGUCAAUGUGGAUGACAAAAACUCCUCCAGAAACGCCAUCAGGAUUGAUCAGGAGGGGCUCACACUGCCUGAAAGAAGCCUCUACCUGGGACAGGACGAGGACAGUGUGAAGAUCUUGGCGGCGUACAAGGCCCUGAUGGAGCGCUUGCUGAGCAUGCUGGGAGCUCAAGAUGCCACGCAGAAGUCCAAGGAAAUUAUAGAGCUGGAGACGCGUCUGGCCAACAUCACUGUGUCAGAAUAUGAUGACCAAAGAAAGGACAUCAGCACCAUGUAUAACCGCAUCACCCUCAGGCAUCUACAGCGAAUCGCUCCUGAUCUUCAUUGGAAACGCUUGCUGGACAGAAUCUUCCACGACAACUUCUCAGAAGACGAGGAGAUCGUGGUGCUCGCCACCGACUACAUACAGAAAGUCUCUGACAUCAUCAAGAACACUUCAAAGAGGGUUCUACAUAACUAUAUGCUGUGGCGCAUUGUGGCAGCGCUCAGCGAACAUCUGUCCACGGCCUUCCGCAGCACCAUCCAUGAGUUUUCUCGGGAGAUUGACGGCACUGAGCAGCAGCUGGAGCUGGGCAGGCUCUGCCUCACCCAGGCCAACAAACACUUUGGCAUGGCCCUUGGAGCCCUGUUCGUCCAGCAGCACUUCUCCUCACAGAGUAAAGCUAAGGUACAGGAGCUGGUGGAGGACAUAAAGCACGCCCUGGACCUCCGGCUGCAUGAGCUGGACUGGAUGGAUGAGGCCACCAAGGAAGCUGCCAGAGCAAAGCUGAAACACAUGAUGGUGAUGACAGGAUACCCUGACUUUCUGCUCAAACCUGAGCUCAUAGACAAAGAAUAUGGGUUUGAUGUGGAUGAGAAGACCUACUUCAAGAACAUCCUCAACAGCAUCAAGUUUAACAUCAAGCUAUCAGUCAAGAAGAUCCAUGAAGAGGUGGACAAGACGGCGUGGCUUCUCCCUCCUCAGGCCCUUAAUGCCUACUACCUCCCUAACAAGAACCAAAUGGUCUUUCCAGCCGGCAUCCUUCAGCCCACUUUGUACAAUUCUGAGUUCCCACAGUCUCUGAACUACGGAGGAAUAGGAGCCAUCAUUGGCCAUGAACUAACACACGGAUAUGAUGACUGGGUGAUGCAAUGGUUCAUGUCCCUAGGGGGCCAGUACGACCGUCAUGGCAACCUCAAACAGUGGUGGACCGAGGAGUCCUACAGAAAGUUCCAGAAGAAGGCUGAAUGUAUCGUCAAGCUCUACGAUAAUUUCACUGUGUAUAACCAGAGGGUGAAUGGUCGUCUGACACUAGGGGAGAACAUAGCAGACAUGGGAGGACUCAAGCUGUCAUACUAUGCGUAUCAGAAGUGGGUGAGGGAACAUGGUCCAGAGAGGCCCCUGCCUGGACUCAAAUACACUCAUGAACAGCUGCUCUUCAUUGCCUUUGCACAGAACUGGUGUAUGAAGAGAAGAUCUCAAUCCAUCUACUUGCAGCUGCUAACUGACAAACAUGCACCAGAGCAUUACAGGUACAAAACACACACACCAACAAAAACCACUCACAAACAGAGAAAGUCAUCAGUAUGUUGCAUUUGUGUGCAUUGCUUUUACAUUUUAAGAAUAACCUUCAAUUACAACAUAUCCAAAAAAAAAAGACACAUCUAACUUCAGUUAGGAGUGCACAGGUAAUGUUGGGAAUGUCCCCUUUUUCCUGUGAAAUAAGUUAAAAUACACUACAUUUGAACUGCACAAAAUGUGCGCACAUACACAUUCAUGAUGUCAACAUUAAUAUGAGAUGUUUCCAUUUCCUCCCCCUGCAGAGUCAUUGGCAGCGUUUCCCAGUUUGAUGAGUUCGCCCGUGUUUUCCACUGUCCGAAGAGUUCACCAAUGAACCCCGUGGAAAAAUGUUCCGUAUGGUGACCUCUCUGCCCGGCCUAUUGACCUUCAGAUGACCUUCAGAACCGCUCUCAUCCUCCCCUCACACACACACACACACACACACACACAUACAGACACAACAUGUCCUACAUCACGCGUUCAUCAGAGCAGGAUGACACAGAGUGCAUAAAGCAGCCCGAUCAAGGACGGAAGUUUUAAGGUUUUAAGUUAUGGAAGUCUAUACAUUGAUUGUCCAUUGAUAACUCAGUCCGACCAACCUAAAGCAUAGGUCCCAUGGCCAUUGAUCAUGUACAUACUAUAUCAUUUGAUUAUAUAUAUUUUUCUAUGUUUAAAUUUAUUUUCAAAUCAUAUAUUUUUGUAUUUUAGCCGAUAUAUCACACACAUUAUGCGUAGGUCUCAUAAGCUACUUUGUUUUUAAUUGAGCAACAUGUUUUCUCAAUUGUUUCUCUUUGUAGCAUCAGCUAGAAAAAUCUCAGAAUAUUAGAAGAUGUAGAUUAAGGAUUGGCAACAACAGUGAUUUCAGUCCCCCAUGUAAACUGGACAAGGACCAAUUUAAAAUGAACUGGGAUCAGUAGCAUCCUCGUGCCUGCCAAAAUGUUGCUGUUCUUUCAACUCAGUAUUGGAGUACGAUUUGUGUCGCAAUGCUGCGCUCUUGUGGCUGCAGAGAGUGAUGGUCACUGUUCAGCCGUCAUAACUGUUGUAUCGUUUGCCUGCAUUGGUCUCUUGUGACUGUGAGUAUUUGUAGGGUUUUUAAGACUUGUCAACUUUUUU